AUCACUACAACAAUACGUUCCCCCAUCAAACUUGCUCGGCUAAAAGUAUCUUCUACUUCCCUCUCUUCCUUUCUCUACCUGAAGUCUCUAGAUUAGUCAUAAACUUCACGAAACCUUCUUCAUCAUCAUUCUCUAUCUCAUAAGAGUACUCAAACAUGUCUAGUUCUUACUACUCAUCAUCUAACCAAUAUCAUCAUCAAUCUCCUUCUUUACCAAUACACUUAUGUUUCUUCUUUGGCAUACUUUUAUUAUUCCUCAGUUUCUCAUGGUACAUCAACUAUGAAUCGAUGUUUGAAGAUAUGAUGGAUCAGUUCAAGUUAAUACUCAUCAUAUCACCUCUACUAUUGUUACUAGUUGUGCACUGGUUAUCUAGUGAUGACAGAAGAAGAGUUCCGUUGAUUUUUACGUUACCGGAUUCAAAAGAUUCACUUCACAGAGCAGGUGGUACUCCAUGGGGUGUUGGUUUUGUUUUAGUAUUUCUCAUGUUUAUGGUUUCUUAUCAAUCUUCUUUUCAUGAACGUUGGUUUCCUCUUUUAAGCAAAUGAUGGGCAUGAUUCUUAUGAAAUGGUAUAUUAAGUGUAUUCCCUUUUACUUAAGCUAAUUAAGUUGUAAUUAAGUGUAAGUUCAAGAUGAGAUAGUGAGUAUAUUGUAGUAAUUCUAUUUUGUAUACAAGAGACUUACUUGUCUGCUUGAAAUUCUGUCAUUGUAGUUUGUUCUUAAUUAGAUUUAUUAAGUGUGGUUCUUAAUUAAGUACGUA